AUGAGCGAGCUGAUAGGCGAGCGGCUGUUCAAUGUCGGAGAAAUAUGGAAGCGGUCGUGGGCUGAUCCCGUGGUGAGAGGGGUGAGGAGGACAGCAGCUGAAUCCUACGUGAGGCUCCUGCUGCUGUUGCUGCUUGCGACUCACGUUUCUCUCCUCCUGCUGCCGUCUCAGUCGAUCACCAACGGCAAGGGAGAGAAGGUCGUGGUCGGCGGGCAGGAGGUCAAACUUUCCCUCGCCUUCUCCAUCUUCAUCACUCCCUCCGAGCUGGAGUGGAUGGAGGGCUGGGCGGCCGUCAAGGGCGAUCCUCGGGCGAGCUGGGAAAGGUUCUACCUGCACAUGGAUCCGUACCAGCAGCGGCUGAGGGUGACGACCGGGCCCGAGCAUGACAGCACGCUCAAGAUGAAAGUGAACCUGAGGGACUGCGAGGCCAUCGCAAUCCGCACCUUCGAGCAAAGUAAACCAACAACUGCAGAGACAAUCUACCACGAGCAGGAGUUCGCGGGCCUCCUUCUUCUCAGCCUACCCGAGACCCUCAAGCACGAAGCAUGGCUGGAUCGUCUCUUCCGGGUGUCAGGACGACCCCAGCUGGACUCCCAGCAAGGAGGAGCUGAGAAAUCCGUCAGAGCCUCCGAGCUGGAAGACUCUAAAGCAUCAACGAAUGGGGAGGAAGCGGCUGUGUCCUCCCGUCUUGGAUGGAGCUCUCCGCUCCUGGACUGGAAACGAAGCUCUACGAUAGCAAGCACAUUGUGCUGCAUGCCCUGCAUGGCAUCGGAGCUCUGCCUCUCCUUGGAUGACAAGACGGACUUUUCCGAGGACCUCGUGCGCUACGCCCUCUUGCCCCUCUUCUGCUUCCCCUGUUUCCGCUUCCUGCAGAGGAGGAGAAUGCAGGAGAUUUUGGGGAUGCCGAGAGCCUCCCCUCUGGACCUCAUGGAGAUCGCUUCCGUCGUCCUGGCACAAGAAGUGCGGGAGAUGCACGAGACCGACGUCCCAGCCCAGCAGAAGAUGUGA